CGCAAUCCACGGGACGGGCAUCUGCCUAUGAGUCACGGACGUCAAAUUCCGACCUAUCAGACGGCUACUUCUUCUUAUAUAAAGACGACAACGUUCGGUUUAAGGAUGUACGUUUGUUCCAGUGAACACCUUGCCAGGUUCUACGUCGCAGCCAAGCCGCCUGGCACUGCGUGGUAACGUGUUCUUCUUGAGCGACCAUUGCAGAGGGGCUGGAGUCGGGUUUCUGUCGGACAAAGGAACCAACGCCAACUAGGACGAGAAGCAACUAAAGGCAUUUGGCGGACUGAACUAUUGAUUUUGGGCAACAAGACGUUCUCUAACACCAUGAUGGAGCACAGCUUCUUUGAAAGAUGGAUGAGCAACGGGUUCAAAAAGUUCGGACGGACGAUAGCGAAACAGCCACACGUCUUUCUGUUCGUCUCCCUGCUAGUGGCCGGAGGUCUGGGAGGAGGACUCUACUUUAUAGACAACGAGAAUUCAAUCGAGAAGCUUUACACGCCCGACAACGGGGCAGGGAAGUUUGAUAGGGGAUACAUCCAGGACCAUUUCCCCAUCAACGAUUCGGAACACUUUCUACCCUCCCGGCUCAUCACGACUGGGCGGUACGCAGCAAUCAUCGUCAGGGGUUGUGGCCAAAUAGUGGACAAUGUGCUACACGAGUCAGUGGUGAACGCGACUGUUUCUCUCCAUGAAAACAUCACUCGAAUAGUGACAGAGGAUCGCGGUUUGAACUACACGUCCGUGUGUGCUAGAUGGGAAUCUGAAUGCGUCGUCACCGGCCUGGACUUUUUGGAUUACAUCGCGGCGCAGGUCCCUAACGUUACGGUGGGAUACCCGCUCCAGGACAGAAUUUUCAGCGGCGCUGUCCUUGGCGGCGUGACGCUGCUGGAAGACGGUGCGGAUAGUACUACUGUAGAGAAGGCGACGGCUUUGAAGCUGAUCUACCAUCUCCGGUCUUCCAGCCAAGAGGACGACGAGUCUAGCGAAGCAUGGGAGCGCGCGUUCCUCAGCUACAUGGCGACGUUCUCCUCGGACUCCAUCGACGUGACGUGGUCGACGUCCCGCUCCCUGGAGACGGAGAUCUCGGAUCUCACCAUCAGUACCGUCCCCGCGCUGGCGGCCUACACCGGCAGCAUCCUGAUGGCUUUCGCCAUCCUGUCCUGCCUAAUGAUAGACCCGGUGCGCAGUAAGCCCUUCCUGGGAAUGGUGGGCGUCCUGGGCGCGGGGAUGGCCGUCCUAGCGACCAUCGGCCUGAUGUCGUACUGCGGGAUCAAGUUCAACACACUGGUGGCCGCGAUGCCUUUCCUGGUCAUAGGUGUGGGCGUGGACAACAUGUUCAUCCUGCUGGCUGCGUGGAGGAAGACCAACCCGUGGGACAGCGUGGAAGAACGGUCAGCCAACACCUACGCCGAGGCCGGAGUGUCCAUCACCAUCACGACCCUGACCAACGCCUUGGCCUUCGCGGUGGGCGCCAUCACCAGCUUCCCGGGGGUCCGCGUCUUCUGUAUGUACAGCGGGAUCGCCAUCGUGUUUGCGUACUUGUUUCAGCUCAAUUUCUUCGGGGCGUGUAUGAUAUAUGACGGCCACCGAGAGAAACAGAACCGACAUUUCCUGACGUGCAUGACGGUGCCCCUUCCGUCAAAAGACGACCAGGCCGGCUGCUGUCAGCAGUCGUGCUGCAGGGGCGACGCGAAGGCCGGGGUCGAGCAGGACGGCAAGGAUCACAACGACCACCUCAUCAUGCUGUUCUUCAAAAAGUACUACGGGCCUUUCAUGACAAACGUGUGGGUUAAAGUAGCCGUCAUGAUCGUGUUUCUCGGGUACCUGGGCGUCGCGAUCUGGGGGUGCGUCCAGCUGAGGGAGGGCGUCCAGCUCAGCAAGUUGGCGGGAGACGCCUCGUACGUCGCCCGCUUCCUCGAGCAGGACGACCGCUACUUCAGCGAGUACGACGCCAGGGUCGCCGUGGUCGUGAAAGAGGAACUAGACUAUUGGGACCCUGACGUGCAGGAUCGCCUGGAGAACAUGUUAGCGGGGUUUGAGGACACGGCGUUUACGUAUGGCAAAAACGAGUCUGAAUCAUGGCUACGUGAUUAUUUGAAAUACAUAGACAUGUUCUGCCUCAAUCCUUAUCUACCACCACUGGACCCUGCUAAUAAAACGUCCUUCAUGGAGUGUCUCAGAGACCGCUUUCUUGAUGAAAGAUCUGCAUUUAAGAGGUAUGCUCAUGACAUAUUGUUCAAUGAAAAUGGCACUGAAAUCAUAGCCAGUCGGUUUUUCGUCCAGACAAAACAAAUUGACGGGACCCAAAAGGAGAAGAACAUGAUGCUGAAGAUGAGAGAGUUGGCAUCUGAGGCAUUUGUAGAAACACUAGUAUUCCACCCAGCGUUCGUUUAUUACGAUCAGUACGUCGCCAUUUUGCCCAACACCUUGCAAAACUUGGGUAUCGCCACGGCCGCCAUGUUGGUGGUGUCUCUGUUCCUCAUGCCCCAUCCCAUCAACGCCGUCUGGGUGACUCUCGCCAUCACGUCCAUCUGCACGGGGGUGUUAGGCUUCAUGACGCUCUGGGCCGUGAACUUGGACAGCGUGUCCAUGAUCAACCUCAUCAUGUGCAUCGGGUUCUCCGUCGACUUUUCGGCCCACAUCGUCUACUCCUUCGUCACGGCGGAGGACAGCGGCCGUAACGCCAGAGCCAUCCACGCGCUGUACAGCCUGGGCGUGCCGAUCCUCCAGGGGUCGCUGUCGACCAUUCUGGGUAUAGCUGCUCUGAGCACGGCGCCUUCCUACGGCUUCCGCACGUUUUUCAAGACGGUGUUCCUGGUCAUCGUGUUCGGGCUUGUGCACGGGAUUGUGUUCCUUCCCGUGAUGCUGUCCUGUCUGGGCCCGCAAGGAGCGGCCAACCUGAAGGAGAACAGGAGUGACGAGUCCCAGGCCGGCCACUUCAGCACCUCCAACCGCAGCGCUGAAAACGGCGUCGUGCUACAAGACGUGAAAGUACAGGGCAGAUACGACAACCCACUGAUGACCGACGACAUGAAAGUCUGGCUGGACCAUUUGAAAGACGAAAAGGGGCAGAAAAACAAGGGCAAGACUGAGAGUCAAUUAAAUCUCACCGCGAACCCAGAAACGGGCGUUUCAAUGGAAGAGAUAAAAAUUGUACCUCAGUGAUACUCUUGGAGUCAUUUCCUCUAUCUGUGCCAUAUUAAGAGACGUCAAAUUCAUUUGUCUAAAUAUAGUAAACCUUAGGAAUCGCUGCUACAAACUGCCAGGAAAGACAAACAAAUCGCAACAAGCUCCAUACAAAAGACUGGUAGGUACGAAAACCUUAUUAGCUCUUCACAAAUGUCGCUACCAUUGCUGUGU